CUCUGAAUGACAGUCUUCUAAGAGCCACAUUACAAUGAAGUAUCUAGCAGUGAUUUUCCUUGUUUUCAGCGUGAUCUUCGCUGAGGCAGCGUUGCGCCGGGGAUGUCCUUCCGUCUGCCCGCAGUACUACCAGCCGCUGUGCGCGCUCAGUCGCUGGCGAGGCCUGAGGACCUUCUCCAACCCGUGCUUCCUGGCGGUGCACAACUGCAAGCACCCCCGCGACCGUUACAGCUAUAUUCACGACGGAGAGUGUCGUUAUCCAGGCAACGACUUCCUUCAACAACUGGAAGACGAAGAGUCCUGAACACAUGCGUACUGCGACGCUUAGCUGCAAGACAAGGCAAAGAUUCUCUAAUUCGUAUGGAAAACAAAUUACGUUACCAGAGAAAUAAAUGACGUUGGUGUUCAAUUAAA